AUGGCAAACGUUUUUUUCGACAUCACCAUCGCGGGAAAACCUAAGGGACGCAUUGUCUUCAGGCUAUACGAUGACGUCGUGCCUCUGACCGCCAGAAACUUUCGUGAACUCUCCACCGGAAGAAACGGCUAUGGAUACAAGGGCUCCAAGAUGCACUUUAUCGUAGAAAACUACAUUCAAGCCGGAGAUUUUACAAAGGGUGAUGGAACAGGUGGAAAGUCGAUCUAUGGCAUCAAUUUCGACGACGAAAACUUCAUCGCGAAGCACUCAAAGAAAGGCUUAUUGACCAUGGCCAAUGCAGGGAGGAACACCAACGGGUCUCAGUUCCUGAUUACCACCGCGGCAACACCCUGGCUAGACGGGCAUCAUGUUGUAUUCGGUAUGACAUCUACCUUGGCUGCGUGA